UUCUAACUUUUCUCAUCAAUUAUGUUUUGUUACUCUUUUCACUUAUCAUACCUCUCUUCUUUUCUCACCCAUUGCCACUAUUAUCAACAACCCCUUAAAAUAAAUAUUAAUCGAAUCGCGCUGAUAUUGAUCAAAAGAUACCCUCCUCGAAUCCUCGAAUCGCACUGAAAUAAAAAAUCCUCUAGAAAACAAUGCUUUUUAGUGUGUUUCUAGCACUAUUUCUUCCUUGUGUUGGCAUGAGUGUUGUUUUUGUGGUCUACAUGUGUUUUCUUUGUUAUGCCACAACAACAAGGCAACAACAACAACAACCUAAUAUUAAUCAAGAACCUACAAAAGGUGUUAAAGAAAAGGGACUUUCUUCAACACAAUUGGAUAAAUUGCCUAAAGUUAGUGGUCAAGAAUUGGUGAUGGGAAAUGAUUGUGCUGUUUGUUUGGAUGAAAUUGACAAAGAACAUGUGGCAAGAAUUGUACCAGGUUGUAACCAUGGAUUCCAUAUUGAAUGUGCUGAUACUUGGUUGUCCAAACACCCUGUUUGUCCUGUUUGUAGAAGUAAGCUUGAGACAGAGUUAUUUGAUACAACUAAUGAAAACAAUCCUUGCUAAUGGUUUUCUUUCUUUACGGGAUGAGCAAUUGAACCCUUACCAGCAAGAUGAAAAUUUAUCUAGCCAACCAGCUGAGUUACUAAGAUUUUUCUUUUUUUACGAUUUCUUGUAAGGUUGAGCACCUAAUUUAGGUGUUGUGAGAUGAUAAGAGAUUCAAUCAAGACAGAGCAUUUUUCUUUUUGUUU